UAUAUAUUGGUAUGUGUGAUGUGUGUGAUCCCUCCGUGCUGAGAGGCAGCUGUGUUUGGCCGUGAGCAUUAAACUCCCGACGGCACAUGCACUACAGACAGACAGGAAACAUACACACACCUCAGGUCCACCACAUUUGACUUCACAAACACACACCAUUACACCACUAUGUUUGUGUGUGUGUGUGUGUGUGUGUGUGUGUGUGUGUGUGUGGUGAAGGACACAGCCAAAAGCCGUCAGGAAGCCAAUUUGAAUGUGAACUGAGUCUGUGUUGGCUGGAGUGUGUUAGAUAAGCAGUGGUAAGCCAAGCUGCUAACCAGCCCCUCACACACACACACACACUCUCUCUCUCACCAGUGUAUAAAUCAGACUCACGGGCAGAGCCAUCCGAGUGCUCUGCUGCAGAGACAGUAGCUCACCCAGGCCAAGGAGCUCUGACUGGACAACCUGGACAUCCUUAAGGCCAUGAGGGCAGAUUUCUCAGGAGAAAGAGCAGAUUUUCAGAGCUGCCAUUAGAGUUUGGGAUCUGUUUGGUCGGCUCUGACUUCACACACUGCCCUCUGUAUGGAGUAAAAACACACUCCACACACACACACACACACACACGUCCAGCAUAAUGCUGUCGCCGGCUCACCGCCUGGGUGUGUGGUGCCUGACGGGUUGCGUGGCGGUCUUCUCCGUGUUCUUCCACAUGUUCAUCCUGCUGCAGAGUGUCGGCCACGCACGCAGCACCCACCGCUGGACGCCGUGUGAGGUCAUCACGAGCGCGCUGGCGCUCCAGAGCAUCCUGCAGCAGGCCCUCGCUCUGCUCUCGAUGAGCCUGGACCUGAUGGACCCGCAGUGCAUUCUGGGCCAGGCGCACCCGCUGCUGGUGGUGCUGGUGCUCAGCCUGCGCUUCUCCGUGCUGUGGAACACCGCCUUCCUGCUGUUCUACUUCGCCACCAAACUGGUGAUGGAGCCGGUGCACUGCUACACCCGCGCCCAGGAGCUGGUGCUGCGGCACGUGCGGCCCACCGUGCUGCUCAUCCCCGUCUGCGGCCUGGCCCUCUGCUGCCCCAUGCUGGCCAGCAUGGCCACCCGCAGCCACAACGCCACCUGGGUGACGGAGUGCGGCUCGGUGCUGUCGGUGGACGUGUCCGGCUACACGUACGUGGUGCUGUACCUGAUCAUCUGCGAUGUGCUGCCCGGGGUCAUCAUGCUGAAGAGCAGCGUCUCCAUCUCCGUGCACCUGCUGCUCCACCUGCGCCACCUGAAGUCCAGCACCAACGGCUUCCACGGGCCCAAGCUGGGCGCGGAGGUGCGUGUGAUCCGCAUGAGCCUGGCACUGGCCUUUACCUACCUGCUCUUCCUGGCGGCCGAGCUCUACACCCACUACCUGAUCUUGCAGCAGCAGAACGUGCUGGUCAUCAUCGUCCUCCUCUCCUCACUCUACUCGGCCGUCUGCGGACUCGUGCUCAUUUACGGCAAGAAGAGCCACUGGAAGGAGCUGCUGCACCUCUACAACCUCACGCUGGACAGGUACCCCUGCCUCACCUGUCUGGAGGCACCUGAGAAGAAACCAGACACCAGCAGGGCUACUUCUCAUUAA